AGGAGCGGGCGAGCGAGCGGCGGGCGGGCGCGGAGCAUGCGGAGCGGCGCCCCGGGCGGCCCCCGGGCUUGGGCGCGGGCAAGGCACGCGGGCGGCGGGGGCGCGGAGCUGCGCGGGGCCGGCGGCGGGAGCGAGGACAGAUCGCAGUGACUCAGGAGCGGCUCCGGAGCCGGCGUCUGGCCAGGGGGCCCCGCCCGCCUGUCGGCCGGCCCGGGCCGGCGGGGAGGCGCCCAUGCGGGGCCGCAAGGCGCGGUGAGGGCGCGCGCGGGCGGGCGGGCGGGCGCGCAGCCGGCACCAUGUCCAUGCUGCCCACCUUCGGCUUCACGCAGGAGCAAGUGGCGUGCGUGUGCGAGGUGCUGCAGCAGGGCGGCAACAUCGAGCGGCUAGGUCGCUUCCUGUGGUCGCUGCCUGCCUGCGAGCACCUCCACAAGAAUGAAAGCGUGCUCAAGGCCAAGGCCGUGGUGGCCUUUCACCGGGGCAACUUCCGCGAGCUCUACAAAAUCCUGGAGAGCCACCAGUUCUCGCCGCACAACCACGCCAAGCUGCAGCAGCUGUGGCUCAAGGCGCACUACAUCGAGGCGGAGAAGCUGCGCGGCCGGCCCCUGGGCGCCGUGGGCAAGUACCGCGUGCGGCGCAAGUUCCCGCUGCCCCGCUCCAUCUGGGACGGCGAGGAGACCAGCUACUGCUUCAAGGAGAAGAGCCGCAGCGUGCUGCGCGAGUGGUAUGCGCACAACCCUUACCCGUCGCCGCGGGAGAAGCGCGAGCUGGCCGAGGCCACCGGCCUCACCACCACGCAGGUCAGCAACUGGUUCAAAAACCGGCGGCAGCGCGACAGGGCGGCGGAGGCCAAGGAAAGGUACGAGGAGAACAGCGAGAACUCCAAUUCCAGUAGCCACAACCCGCUGGCUUCCUCGCUCAAUGGCAGCGGCAAGUCGGUGCUAGGCAGUUCCGAGGACGAGAAGACGCCGUCGGGGACUCCAGACCACUCGUCAUCCAGUCCCGCACUGUUGCUCAGCCCGCCGCCGCCCCCUGGGUUGCCUUCCCUACACAGCCUGGGCCACCCUCCGGGCCCGAGCGCAGUGCCCGUGCCAGUGCCCGGUGGAGGCGGCGCGGAUCCACUGCAGCAUCACCACAGCCUGCAGGACUCCAUACUCAACCCCAUGUCGGCCAACCUUGUGGACCUAGGCUCCUAGAGCUCUGCUCGCCUCCCGGCGCUUGCUUUCCGUGCUUGGUGCGGGGACUUGAGAGGCGGUGUGGGAGGGCGGUAGAUUGGAGUCUGGACCGGGUACUGGAAGACUGCCCUGCCACGCUGGAGCGGCAGAACCGGCGGCGGGACAAAGUGGACAAUGGUCUGCUCGGGGUCCUUUGCGGGAUUCAUUCUCAAGUUGCUUUUGAGAUCCUUUGGAGGCCAGGGACCUAGUCUUGAACUGGGCAAGGGAAUAAAUUAUAAACGACCACCACCCCUUUUAAAAUCUCUUCCCUUUCUCUUGCUCUUUUCUUUCCUCCAUUUUCCCUUCGGGUUUCUUAUGUCUCCUCUUUUCAUUUUUUUCUCUCUGCCUCUUUUUGCUUUUCUUUUUCCCCUUUAUACAUUUCUGGAUCUCUCUCUCUCUCUCUCUCUCUCUCUCUCUCUCUCUCUCUCUCUCAUUUCUCACAUCGUACCCUUAGUCUUCUGGCCAUCUAUUUGAGUCCGUUUUCUAACUUUCUAAGAGUCCAUCUGACAUGAUGUGAAUGGAGGUAGACAUCCUUCCUGGGCCUUUGGUCCUCAAAGACAGCAGCUCUCUCCUCUCAAUGUGAGCCCGAGGUGCCAGCUUCUGCCUAAUAAAUGAAAAGGAAAGGCUGCACUUCAGCAGCACCUGAAAGUCUCUCUCUCUCUCUCUCUCUCUCUCUCUCUCUCUCUCUCUCUCUCUCUCUCUCCCCCCCCCACUCGGUCCUCCCCACCGCGCUGGUUCUCCUCUUCCUCCUGGGACUGUGGCCUCCGUGCUCCUAGCCCAGAGUGCCUCCGCAGCCGCAGACUUGCCUGUUCCUUUUUAUGCCCUCAUGUGAAUGUUCGUCGGGAGAUAUUUCUGCUUUUAUUUUAUAAUAAAAUUAGAAAUCAUAAA